AUGUACAAUCCCUACCAGGGUUUUAACCAGUACAAUGGCUACCAGCAGCCUCAACAACAAUCUGGCUAUGGAUACCAGCAGCCUGGAUUUCAGCCACAGCAGACAGGCUUCCAGCCCCAACAGACAGGAUUCCAACCCCAGCAGACAGGAUUCCAACCCCAACCCCAGCAGACAGGAUUUCAACCGCAACAAGCCGGAUUCCAGUCUCAACAAGCCGGAUUUCAAUCAACCGGAAUUCAGGCUGAGAACCGUGAUCUGAAAAUCCCUAGCAUCAGACUCACUUUUAUCUCUGCCCAGGAUCAAGAAAAUUUUGAACACUUGUUCCGAGCCAGUGUUCCCAAAGGAGAGAAUUCCAUUGACGGAAAUGCGGCUAGAGAUAUUCUUCUAAAGUCCAACCUUUCUCCGCUUCAACUGGCAGAAAUCUGGCAGUUGGCUGAUACAACGAAAUCUGGUAAGUUGCUGUUUCCAGAGUUUGCCCUGGCCUUACACCUUUGCAAUGGCGCUAUCAAGGGUGAGCCCAUUCCCUAUGAUCUCCCACUUAAGAUCAGGAAUGAAGUAAGUUCAUUCGUUGAUGUGAUCAGUUUCAACGUGGACGAUAGUAAGGACUCGAUUCCACAAAAUACUCCUUUUACUGAGGCGAUCAAGGCUCAGCAGACAGGAUUUGGAAACGGGUUUCAACAGCCACAACAAACUGGAUAUGGGUUUAACCAAAAUGGCGGUGGAGUUGUUCCUCAGCAAACCGGGUACCAACCACAGACCUCUUUCCAGAAUGGCAUUGGAUCUCAACAGACCGGAUACCAGCCACAGCAGACCGGGUAUCAACCCCUGGGACAGCAAAAGACUGGAGGUCUUCCCAUACAGGCUACUGGUUUCAACCAGGGCGCUGGUUUUGGCUCACAAGUCUCUGGUUUAGUUUCUCAACAGAAUGGCUUCAAUGCACCAGCUGCUGGAAACCAAACUGGUCUGGCACCACAACAGACCGGGUACCAGCCUUUGGCGCAACAGAAGACCGGAACAUUUCAGCCUUUGACGCAACAGAAAACCGGAACAUUCCAGCCUUUACUUCCACAACAGACUGCCGGUUUGGUUCCACUGGGAGCCCAAAGAACAGGUGGAUUGGUUCCUCAGCAGACCGGAUUGCUACCCCAACAAACUGGUUACCAGCCUUUACAGCCACAAGCAACUGGAUUGAUGCCUCAACCCACUGGGUUGACCGCGAUGCCUACCGGAAGACCUGGCCAGUGGGGAUUCGUCUCAAUGCCAACUGGCGGAUUGCCCGGCUUGGAAAUGAUGCAAUCGCAUUUCCUUCCAGGCUCGUCUUCUCAGACCUCGCAGCUUAACUCAGCGAUGAAUGGUGGUUUCCAGACCCAGGAUGUCCCAUGGGCCAUCACCAAGAAUGAAAAAAUGAUCUAUGAUAACAUCUUCAAGCAAUGGGAUAAAGAACGCAAAGGGUUCAUUGAUGGUCCCUCUGCCAUUUCCAUAUUUGGCAAAUCUGGUCUCGCGAGACCAGACCUCGAAAAGAUCUGGACUCUAGCUGAUCUCAGUAACCGUGGAAAGCUGAAUAAAGACGAAUUUUCAGUGGCAAUGCAUUUGGUGUACAGGAGGUUGAACGGGUUGGAUAUUCCAAAUUUCCUGCCUCCAGAAUUGAUUCCCCCUUCGUCUAAGAUGCUGAAGGAAACGAUGAACAACAUCAAGGGUAAGCUGUUCAACGAUUCUAUCUCGAAUAAACCCAGACAGUCAGCUUCUGGUCGUACAGAUGGAACAAGGUUUAAGAAUGAUGAUGAAGAUAUCGGUUACGUGAGCAGUUCUAGAUACGGGCGUGGUAAAAAAGAGACGAAAUCUGAUUCUUCAAAUGCAAAACUUUCGGUUGAGGAACUCAAGAAGCUCGUUCAUGAAAGGCAGAUUAUUUUGGAUGCUAUAGACGCCAAAGACCAGGAUUCUACUGCGGCUUUCACAGAGCAGAAGAGCCUAAAUGAAAUUGAGCUUUUGAAGACGAAGAUCAAAACAGCACAAUCAUCAAUCAACUCAGCUGGAGAGGCCACAAAUUUGGAACAGCGCCAGGCGCUUGGAAAGAAACUGGAUGAGAUUUUGGACAAGGUUCCCCAGCUUGUUUCGUUGAUUGAAAAGGUGGAUUCGGAGAUCAAAGAUGCGAAAAUACAGCUCUACAGAGUGCAAAUAUCCAAGGAAAAUCCAUCGGGUAUCGAAAUUACCGGAACUGGGCCAAAUGGAACUGUCACUGAUGGUGAUCGAAGACUGGCCAAAUCUCGGGCUACACUUCAGGCAAGAAUGGCUGCCUUGACGGGUAAACCGGCACCCAAUCUGGCUGCAUGGGAAGACAACGAGACGAAACUGACCCAGGAGAUUGAAAAGCUUACACUGGAAACAGUUAGAGAGCAGAAGGAAGUGAAGGAAAUCGGCGCUUCCAUUGGAGAACUUGCUAAGGGAGCAUCAUCCAGCCUUAGACUUACCAACUCAUCUUCUGUAGGGUUUGAGAAGUGGGAAAAAGGCGAUGGUGUCACCUCUAGUGAAGUGAAGGAGUUCAUUCGUUUACUGAAUGAUUCCAAACCUGCCCCUCAGCCUAAGAAGGAGUCGGCGGUGAUCCCACAACCAGCUGUUGCCGCUUCUUUUUCUCCUUCGGUUCCCGACUCAACGUCUCGUCAAUCGCAAUCGCCGGCUGUAUCUUCCACUUCAUCCACACCAUCGCUCGCGUACAGUGCAUUCAAAUCAGCUGAGGACCGUGCCAAACACAUCAAAGAACAGGCUGAGAAGAGGAUGAACGAAAGGCUCGCAAAAUUGGGUAUUUCAAGAAGGGGCGCUCAAAAGGCUGAAGCAGCACCAGAUUCACCGCCGCCUCCUGCUGUUGUUGCCCGGUCCGAUGUAACAUCGCCAAGGGCACCUCCUGUUCCACCAGUUUCUCGUCAUUCUACAGCAACUCAUAAACAACCAGUAAAGGAGGUGGAAAAAGAAAAAGAAGAGGAAUCUUCAGGUGAUGAUGAUGACGACGAGGAAGAAAGAGAGUUACAAAGGUUGGUGGAGGAGAAGAAAGCUUUGGAAAACAAAGAGAAAGAGAGGAAGCUAAAGAAGAAACAAGAGAGAGAAGCCAGAUUGGCGAAGCUGAAGCAGGAGAUGGAAGAUUUGAAGAAAAAAGAAGAAGCUGAUGACUCCAGUGACGACGAGUUUGAAGAUGCCAAACAGUCUCAAACGCCCGUUGCUGCCACUCCAACCAUUUUAGAGCCCAAGAAAGAGGUUAUACAGGAUCACAAUCCGUUUGCAAAAUUGGCCGCUCAACAGCAGACCGGAAAGUCGAACAAUCCGUUCUUCAAACCACAAGUACCUACCGAGGAGAAGUUCGAUGCUAAAGCAGCCGAAGCACAGAGAAAUGCCCAGCGUGGUGUAACUGCGAACGGUGAUGAUGAUGAUUGGAGCAAUUCAGAUGUUGCUUCCGAUGACGAUGAUGACCUUGGAGUUUCGCGUGGCUCUGGUCCAGCUCAUUUAGCCAACUUGUUGUUCAAGGGGAUGGGUGCUGGCUCGAAUUCUGAGAGUUCGACGCCUCCACCAGUUCCAGUGACGGCUGCUGCGCCCGUUGCGCCAGUCGCUCCUGCUGUGCCUGCUGCACCACCAGUGCCUACCCAGGAGCCCGAAGUUGUGAAGGAAGCAGAAGUUUCGUCCGAAGAGCCCGAAGAACACAACGAGAGCGUUUCUAUUCCACCAAUUCCGACCGCUCCAGCCCUGCCAACAAACUCGGCUCCACCGCCACCUCCAAUUCCAAACAUGGGUGCACCUCCACCACCACCUCUUCCAAGCGUUGGAGCCCCACCACCUCCACCACCCCCAUCGAUGCCCUCGAAUGGCUCAGCACCAGGGGGCGGAGCCCCCGAUAUCGGAGCUCUGUUAGGACAGAUCAACAUGGGAAAGUCGCUGCGCAAGGUCAAUGAUGAAGAAAAGCAUAUUGUUGAGAGCGGGGUCACUGGAAAAGUUCUCUAA